UCAACGGACUCCACUACUGCACCCAACUCGGAGACCCUAAAAACCUUGCUUUCCAGUUCCGCUGCGAGUAAUACCAUUUCUUCCCUUGUGUCCGCAUCCAACCCUAUCCCGGAGAGAGAAUCACGCACAGAAGGUCUGACUCUAACCGAACUGGAAGAGUCGAUUGAGAUUGGACGGAAAGACGGGGAUUGGUCUCAUCUAAUUGGUCUUCUUAGUGCGGUAUUCAGUUCUUACGAAGCACUGUCCUCCAGUUUCCCAAGUGAAUUAGAUUCUACAGAUGAUUCUGCUGCAGCUCGGUUGGAUCCGUCUUCCAGUUCGUAUUCCAAAUUUGGCCCUAGCCAACCCACAGGAGACGGUAUGACGCGGGCAGAAGGCGAUCAUGAUCAACUAUGUAGUGAAAUCCCAAUGGACGAAGAUGACGUUUCUCUUUGUCACACUGAUUUGUUCAAUAACUCACGAGCGAUCAGUCGUUGA